AUGGAAGGGGAUAUUGUUAGAAAGAACACUGGUCUCGAUUGGAUGCUGCCACCAACCCGAAAGGCUGAUGCUUUAGAUGUACUGGAAGAAAGUAGAGAUGAAGAGGUUGUUAAAGUAGUAAACCCAAGGGAGCUGAAUCCUUAUUUGAAAGAAAAUGGAACGGGUUACCCAGAGGAAGAAGCUGAGAAAAGAAAUGGUAAAGAUGAUCAUCUCUUACCAACUUCUUCUGUUGUUGGAGAUGGAGGUGCGAGUUGGAGAAUGAAAGCGCUCAAGCGUGCAAAGGAACAGGCUGCAAGACAAGGGCAAAAACUUGAUGAGGUUGUUGGAGAACGAUUUGGUUCACUUUGUAACCUUGUUGAGUCCGUAGCAUCUCAGAGGGCAGCUCCGUCUCGUGCUCAUUUGAGUGCCAUUAAUAAUAGAAGAAGAAGAGGCCAAAAUGAAGACAACGAUAACGAAAAGAAACCCUCAGAAAGGGUAUUUUCUGACAAGGGUAAUGGUCGGGAGUACUUGAAGGGUGAGGACUCACUGCAUCAUCAUUGUGUAUUGAGAGCGCAUAAAACUGAUCCUUUAUUAUCCUGGGGGAAAAGAAAGGGCCAAUCUCAUUACUCUAACCUGCUCAUAUCUGAAGCUGCUGCUCACUUUAAUAAGCAGAAGAAUGAAUCAAUGGAGAUCGUAGAAGAGACUCGUGGUGGGGAUCACAUGGAGCAAAAAACAUCAUUACCUUCAGGGACUCUUCCCAAUAUGGAAUCUUUAGGUGUGAAUCAACUGGCUGCUAAAGCCUUACAACUCCGUCUGAAAGGGAAACUUGAACAAGCCCAGAAAGUUACGGAAGAAGCAGAGAGGCUGAAAGCAAAGCAAGCUCUUGGAGACGACUCAUCGAAAGAACAACACUACAUCAGAGCAGCAAGGUAUCCUACUAUCAAAGACACCUCAGGUAGGAGGAAGAAUGAAGAUGAUAAUACAGAUAUGCAUCUAGCCAAAAGCAUAAUGCAUAACAAACAGUACAAAACAUCUAAUCAUGCUGCUGAUGAUGAGUAUGACUAUGGAGACGCUCCAAGGAAAAAGUCCCGGAAGCAGCGGGAAAGCAACCUUCCUGAAAAAGAGCAUCGCGUCAUGACACAGCAACAACGCUGUCUCUUCUGUUUUGAGAACCCUAAGCGGCCGAAACAUUUAGUUGUAUCAAUCGCAAACUUCACUUAUCUCAUGUUACCACAACACCAGCCCCCCCUUGUCCCAGGCCAUUGCUGUAUCUUACCAAUGCAGCACGAGGCAGCCAGCACAAGUGUGGACGACAAUGUUUGGGACGAGAUUCGGAAUUUCAAGAAGUGUCUUAUAAUGAUGUUUGCCAAACAAGGAAAAGACGUUGUGUUUCUGGAGACAGUGAUUGGCUUAUCUCAGCAGCGUCACCACUGUUUGAUCGACUGUAUCCCAGUCCCUCAGGAGAUAGCGAAAGAAGGACCUCUUUACUUCAAGAAGGCAAUUGAUGAAGCUGAGAGUGAGUGGAGUCAGCACGACGCGAAGAAGCUCAUAGACACAAGCGUCAAGGGUCUCAGGAACUCUAUUCCCAAGAAUUUCCCUUACUUCCACGUUGAGUGUGGUCUAGACAAAGGGUUUGCUCACGUGAUUGAUGAUGAGCAACAGUUCAAUAGCAAUCUUGGACUUAAUGUAAUCAGAGGAAUGCUAGAGUUGCCGGAACAAGACAUGUACAGAAGAAGAAGAAGGCAUGAGUCAUUGGAGAGACAGAAGAAGGCAGUUGUGAGCUUUGCACGAGAAUGGGAACACUUUGAUUGGACGAAACAGCUCUCCUAG